AUGCAGACAUCGCGCUCCGACUCGGCUGCAUCGUAUCCGUACUCGGAGACAAGCUCGGCACGUGGAGGAGGCGGGGCUCCGGCUAGUGCUGGUGCUGGUGCUGGUGCUGGUGCUGGUGCUGGUGCUGGUGCUCGGCUGACCGACGGCGACAACACGCUCACCUCGGACGGGUCGUCGCUGAUGGCGAUGACCGUGACCGACUCGUCGACGUACACCCUCACCGAACCGCUCUCGAUCUCGGCGCUUGUGUCGCCGAUGGCGAUCUCUGCAGCGUCGCGGUCUGGCCCGAACGAGAGCGGGCCGAUGUUCGCGUCGUCGGCUGCGGGAGCGGCAGGGAUUGGGGCAGAGAUCACGGCAAGCUCGUCGUUUGUCCUUGACUCGCCCGCAGGCACGCCGCUGGCCGGCCUGAAUGAGAUCCCGGCGACCGAGUUUGAGUUGACGUCUCUGCUUGGCGCCGGCGCGUUUGGACAAGUCUGGGCCGGGAGCUGGGGUGGGACCGACAUUGCAGCCAAGAAGCUGAGCCUGCCAGCGGGCGCCAAGGCGAGCGUGGCCUCGCCGUUUGUGCUGGCGCGGACACUCUUGGCCGAGUCGCGGAUCCUGGCGCAGAUCUCGCAUCCCAACUGCCUGCAACUGCUAGGCGUAUGCCUCGAUGACGAGUGCGUGUGCAUGGUGACCGAGCUGAUGCAUGGCGGCGACUUGCACACGGCGCUGUUCAAGUCGUCGGACCGAGUCAUCUCGCUCGCCGACGCGCUGUUCAUUGUGACCGAGAUCGCGCAGGGCCUCGAGUACCUCCAUCGCAAGGGCGUGGUCCACGCCGACGUCAAGCCUCUUAACAUCCUGCUCGACCGCAACAUGCGGGUGGUCAAGGUCGCCGACUUUGGCCUUUCGCGACUGGUACAUCUUGCGCGGCCGGCCGGGGUGCAAGGCACCAUCUCAUACAUGGCUCCUGAGCUGCUGGACGGCAACGCGACGCCGCAGCCAGAGUCUGAUGUUUUUGCCUUUGGUGUGCUGACCUGGGAGGUUUUUGCGCGCACGCGCGCGUUUGUCGGCGUCGAUCGGCGUACCAACUGGUACGCACCACUCAGGCCCAUCACUGACGCAGUUGCGCUCCCUGUCGAGCUGGCUGCCAAGCUCGAGGAUCUUCUUAGCGCGUGCACUGCCGCAGAUCCCAGUGUGCGGCCGACGAUGGCGAGCGUGACCGCGGCGCUCAAGGCCUGUGGCGAGCUUGUUACCAUCGGGCACGUCUUUCCGUCUGUCCCGUCAAUGCCAGCCAUCCAUGUGAAGCGGAUGGACGAGAUGCAGACGGCGACAGCAGUGUUGAUGAACCCGGACACCCGGGCGCUGGUGAUUUACGGCUCGUUUGGGGCUGGCAAGUCUGUGCUCGCGUGCGACGUUGUUCGGCAAGCCGAGGUGCGGCGGGCGUUCCCGGACGGCAUUCACUGGAUCCACCUAGGUGCACAUCCCGCGAUCGAGGCGCUUCAGCUCUCUCUUCUUCACGAGCUGGGAGUGACGCGAGUUGCGGCGGUGGCGUCGGUACCCGAGGGCCGGGCCAAGUUGGCGGCAGCGUUUGGUGCGUCGGCCUCGCUUCGCAAGCUUGUGGUACUCGAUGGCGUGCACCAUCUCCGGCACGUGGCGGCGUUUGAUGUGCUCAAUGCCGACUCGCGGCUGAUGCUCACUACUUCGGUCCGUGCGCUCUGGCCUGCGCCGGGCGUGGCGAGCUACACGCUGUCACCAUAUACGACUGCGGGCGCUCUGGAAUUGCUGGCGGCGGCAGCGCGGUGCGAGACCAGCGACCUGCCGCAGCCGCUGGCGACCGAGCUUGUUGACGCGGCAGCGCGGCUUCCGCUGGCUGUGGUUAUGAUCGGCUCUGUGGUGCGGCGGCGACAGGCAGCCGCGGAUGCGUGGGCCGAGGUGGCAGCGUCGUUUGUUUCGUCGACAGCGUCGGCGCUGAGCUCCGAGCUCUCACUGCUGUACUCGUCAGUGGCGCUCUCGGUUGCCGCGGUUGGCCCGCUCCGACAUCGUUUCCACGAUCUGGUCGUCUUUGCGCGGCUCGGGCAACGUGUGCCGCGGCGGCCGCUGCUCGCUCUCUGGUCCAGGCUCGCCGAGCCGUUCAACGAGGCCGACCUCGGGUUUGUUGUCCACACGCUUGCAGAUCACUCGCUUGUCGAGCUCGAGCCACAGACUGGGACCAUUGCGCUCCCCGAGCUGCAGACGGCGUACCUGGAGGCGCACGUGAGCGGCAUGGCGGCGGCGCGAGCUCACGAUACGCUCCUUGCGGCUUAUGCGGGGAUGAGCUCGGCCGCCGAGCUUGCGGCGACGGAUGCCGGGCUUCCGUGGUGGCACUUUGCGCCUGAAGAGCCGAGCGCAGAGCGGAGCUUUUACUUUGGGUCUCUGGUGCACCAUCUUGUGCGGUCAACGCGCGGGCACGAACGUGUAGUAGCGCUUUUGGUCUCGUUCGAGUGGGUUGUGGCGCAGAUUGAGGCCAACUCGCUGACGGCGCUGCUACUGGACCUGCAAGUUGGAGUGGAUGCUACGGCGGGAAAGGAGGCAUGCAAGUCGCUAGAGGCGCUUGCGAUUGCGCUUGCACACUCUGCACCGGCGCUACGGUCCGAGGCGUUUGGCAGGACGGUGGCGGAGCAAGUGUACUCGCGGCUGGUCGGCGUGAGUGAUCCGCUGCUUGCGCCGCUGGUGGCUGCUGCGCGAGCAGCGUCGCAAGUUGAGCUUGUUGCCGGCGAGCUGGAGGGUGUCAAGGCUGCGUGCGUGCAGAACUUGGAGGGCCACACGGGAGCGGUCCGUGCGGUUGUGGUGACGAGGUCGGGGACGACGGCCGUGUCGGGAUCUGAGGACAUGACGGUCCGGGUGUGGGAUCUUGUAUCCGGAAUGCAGGUCCAUUGCCUGAGAGGGCACAGCUACUAUGUUCUCUGUCUCGCACUCUCGACGGACGAGACGGUGGUAUACUCGGGCUCGGGCGACCACACAGUCAUGGCAUGGUCGCUCAUGUCUGGUGCGGCGCUGGCGGUCUUUCGCGGGCACACCGACCGGAUCCAAGCGGUGGCAGCACUAUGGCUGAGUGGCUCUCAGGCGAUGGUCUCGGGCGGCAAUGACAGCGCGUUGAGAGUGUGGGAGACAGGCAGCGAGAGUAGCGUCGCGAUCUUGCCUGCCGCACACGACGGAUGGAUCCGAGCUGUGGCUGUAUCGGGAAGAGUUGUGUACUCUGGCGGGGUGGACAAGGUUAUUCGCGAGUGGCGUGUGGUUGAAGUGCCGGCUGUGGCGCUGGAGGCCUGCGGCAGGUUUGUUGGGCAUAGCAAGACGGUCAUUGCGCUCGCGGUUUCGACUGACGGGUCGAGGCUAGUGUCUUCGAGCGACGACAAGACGGCGCGAGUGUGGGCGACGGCAGACCAGACGUGCGUGGCGGUGCUUGCUGGCCAUUCGCAGGUUGUGCGGACGAUCGCGCUCGCGGGCGACGACACGCUUGUGGUGACCGGCUCCAACGACCGAACGCUGCGCGUGUGGGAGGCUAGCAGCGGAGUCUGUGUCCGCGAGCUUGCGGGACACGAGGGGUGGGUCCGAGCUGUUGCGGGCGUACCUGGCUCUGUGCGGUUUGUGGUGUCGGGCGGAGCCGACGCGCGGAUCAAGGUGUGGGACCUGGAGCGCGACGGCGAGGCGCCUGUGGCGCUUGCUCGUGAACGGGUUUGGAUCUAUGCUGUAGCGGUGCUGGCGGUAGACGGCGGCGACAACCUGGUGGCGUGUGGCGGUACCGACUGCCUGGUACGGGUUUGGAGUGUGGGCGGGGCGUGCAUCCGGGUACUUGCUGGCCACUCUGGAUGGGUGCGGGCGCUGGCGUGGCUCGGCUCGGGUGAGCUGCUGUUCUCGGGCUCAAACGACGCGACGAUCCGAGUAUGGGAGGUGGCAAGCGGCGCAUGUUUGAUGAGUCUCAACAGGCAUGAGAAAGACGUGCGGUCGCUGUUUGUCUCGGGCCGCCUGCUUGUGUCUGGCGGAAACGAUCGGCGAGUGGCGGUCCAUGCAGUGUCUGUGUCGCAGCGCGAGCGCGAGGCUGCAGCCUCGCUGGUCGGCGAUGCAGUUGUCCACGAGAACGUGGUGCGGGCGGUGGCACACUCUCCAGCGGCUUGCGUGGUGCUUUCUGGCUCGGAGGAUACGAACCUGCUUGCGCUUCGUGAGGAUCUGUCUGGCGAGGUUGCGCGAAUGGCACACGGCGGGUUUGUCAUGGCGCUCGACGUAAGCGGCGACGGAUGGCAAGUUUUGUCGGGAUGCUCAGAUGGAAGCGUGUACGUGUGGAAUCUACGCGCUGAGGCGCUUGGGACGCUUGUGGGCAAGUACGCGGGAGCUCACAAUGACUGGGUCACCGGAGUGCGAUGGAGCGUUGGACGGGACGGGAGCAAGGCGGCGGUGGCGGUGGGCCUGGACGGGACGCUGAGUGUGUGGCGCGGCGCACGGACGGGCGGACUCGAGCUUGUGGGCGUGCUGGGCAAUGGGAGCGCAGCGCGGUCUGUGGAUGUGGGAUCGGGGGAUGGGCGCGCAUAUGCUGGAUAUGCGGACGGGUCGCUUGUAGUGUGGGAGUGGGAUGCGCGGCGCGAGGUGCACGCGCUGUUUGGGCGCGACGAGGAGGGCAUGCCGAUCCGGCUUGCGCCAGACGGAGCGACACUGGUAUGCGGCCUGCCAUCGGGCGAAGAAGUUGUGGGGCGAGCCGGGACUGGACGGUGGACGGUGGAGCGCCGGGCAUCGGGCGCGGACGGGCCAGUGACAGCGGUUGCGUUCUCCAGCGACUCGCGGUGGUGCGCCACGGGAUCGACCGAUGGUGUCGUCCGGGUCUGGCCUGUGUCUGGCCUAGCGGAGGCAUACGUGCUUGCGGCGCACUCGGGAUGGGUGACGGACGUUGCGUUUGGGCGCGGGAGUGGUGCUGGGCGCGAGCGGCUGAUCUCGUGCUCGCGCGACGGAGUCGCUGCGGUGUGGGAGGUUGGGCAAGCCGAGGCGGUGUGGCGGCUGGUGGGGCAUGGAUGUUGGGUCCGCGGCGGCGUGCUACUCGAGGAUGGCGAGAGCGCGGUGACGUGGUCGGACGACGGAACGCUGCGGGUGUGGGCCGGGGCUGCCUCCUUGGCGACGCUGUCGAGCGGGAGCGGCGGAGUGGUGGCAUGCGCUGUCGGGAACGACGGGACGGUUGCCGUGUCCGGGAGUGUGACCGGCGAGGUGCGUGUGUGGCGGGCAAGUCGAGGCAGCGCUCUGCGGAGCUGGACGUCGACGGUGGUGGUCCCGCGCGGGCCGCGGGUAGAGGUGAUCUCGCUCUAUGGGCGGCUCGCGCUGGUUGACCACGGCCGAGUGUGGAUUGACUUGGAGAGCUGCGGACUUGCGAGCGCUGACGACGUGGCCGAGGGGCAGAUGGUGGUGAGCGUGGCCGAGGGCGGGACUGGCGUGCUGCUGCACGGCGGCGGGGGGCGGGCGGUGGGCGCGUUUGACUUUGACCACGCGGUGGUCGGAGUGGCGGCGAUGGGAGUGGUGGUCGGGGUUGUGUGCGAGGGCGGGCGAGUGUAUGUGUUGCAGACUCCCAGCGCAGGGCGGUGUGGUUGA